CGUUGAAGAGGAAAAAAAAUAUCUGAGUGAUAAUAUCUCAAUCCGUCAUUCUUUCCCUCAAUGUGAGAACCAGAAUAUCUAUCAGCACCACUUCAACUUGAACAAAUUUUAGUCUGGUUAUCCUGUUAAUCUUUCAAUGGUUCCUUCUCUGUGCUUAACACCUCGAAGCUCCCCAACACUAGGUCACCCCCAACAACUAGAAACCCACAAAAAACAAAAGCAUUGCAUCAGAGUGAAUCGUUUGUUUCAAGGCCCUCCCACUGAUAAAUUUAGCUUCCUCACUGCAAAGGCUGCCAAUGGCAACCAACAAAAUACAAAACCCAACAGUGUCAUUUGUGCUGAUUGUGAUGGAAAUGGAGCUGUUGUCUGCUCUCAAUGCAAAGGUAAUGGGGUGAAUUCUGUUGAUAUUUUCAACGGACAGUUUAAAGCUGGUGACUCUUGUUGGCUUUGCGGAGGCAGGAAGGAGAUGCUAUGUGGGAAUUGCAAUGGAGCUGGCUUUAUUGGUGGCUUCUUAAGCACUUAUGAUCAGUAGGGAUCCAGUGAUUACUUACCUGAAUGAGUUCAGUAUUUCUAACAAUGUACAUAUAUUGUGACUUCAGAGUCACGCACACAAGCCAAUAGCUAAUACGCAGAGCUUAUGAAAUAUGCGAUUGUUAUAAAUUACAAGAUUCUCAAAGUUUUCAAAGAUGCUAAUUUGCUCAUUAUUAUUGAUA